GUCCGCUGGACCACUGAUGUCGUGGACAACGAGCACUUGAACAAGAAAAAACUGAAGAUCUGCUGCAUUUUCCAUCCUCAACGGGAGUUCGGCGAGAGCUCGGACGAGUCGCUGGGCAGCUCUUCGGAAUCGUCGGACUCGUCAGAUGAUGAAGCAAAUGAGCACCAAAAAGAAGAGCAAAGUCCCCAGAACGGCGGUGGAGGCAUCGACCACCAAGCCCAUUGUUGCGGUAAGCACAAGGUAAAGAAGAGAAAGAACAAGCCCGCCACACCGAACGCUUAUGAGAAACAGCCGCAGUAUAAGAAC